GGAAGGGCAAAGAUAAGGUGUCCUUGAGAAAAAGGCAGUUUGAGGGAGAAGGGGCGAGGCUCGUAACCCUGAGAGCCAAGGCCCAGUUGAGCUGGUCUUUCCUGUUCCUGCUACAGGCCUGAGGGGGCACUGAAGUGGGGGUGGGGGAGACACCCUCCCCUGAUUUCCAACCUUGGUCCUAGUUCAUGUUGAUGGGAGUCCUGUCCCAGCUCUGCCCCAACACCCAACAGGUCCUAGAGCCUGCAAGUUCCUGGUGCUCACGCUCUUGUUCCUAGCAGAGUCUGUCCUGGGUGGGGGCUGCAUCCUGAGUCUCCACUUGCAUGACUGCACUGCAGCCUCAUACAGCUCACCCCCUGAGUAAAAGUAGUCCGGUCCUUGGGCCUCGGUCCACAGGAGGGAUGCCUGUCUGCCUGCUUUCUAAGCCCAGAGUCAGACUAACGUGAUCGGGGAGUUGAUUUAAUUAGAUCGAGACUCGGGAGUAAAUAGGUUGUUUCUGGAAAGAAAACAGGCAGGUCAGAAGUCAUAGGAGCCCGCCUACGGAUGAGCAGUUCUAGAGCUGCCCUCAGACCCUGUUUUCUGUCACUAGAUAGUGUUGCUGGCUCACAGAGAGGUAGUGUUUCUAGUCAGUGAGUGAUGAGGCUGCGGCUCAGGUGUCCUCACACAGCUGGAAAAUAGGCCGAGCUCCGGAGACCAAGGGAAUAGCUGCAGUGUGACAAGGGGGCUUUGUUCUCAAGUUUGCAAGCAGCUUUGUAAGAAUAAAGACAGCCUAACAGUCUCAAGGUGGCCGGCUAGGCCUGCCCUUGAGGCACCUGACCUGAGGCCUGUCCACAGACCCUGUAAGCGUUCCCCAGAACCUGGAGAUGGGAGUGACAUUUUAAUCCCUUGUCAGCCCCCCCACCCCCCCCAAGCAGCCACAUCUGGGACUGUGAGGCCAUCUUGAGGUGGGACAGACACAGUACAGGGCAGUGUCUUCACAUCUGAACAGCAAGGUAUUCUGGGAGGAUGGUGUCUGCAGCUAUGUGCCAGGCCACCUCCAGCCCCACUUCAGCACCCCCUCUCUUCCAGCGGGGAUCGGACGAGCUCUUCUCUGCCUGUGUCACUAACGGACCCUUUAUCAUGAGCAGCAACUCGGCCUCUGCAGCAAACGGAAAUGACAGCAAAAAGUUCAAAGGUGACAACAGAAGUACAGGUGUGCCCUCCAGAGUGAUCCAUAUCCGGAAGCUUCCCAGCGAUGUCACCGAGGGCGAGGUCAUUUCCCUGGGACUGCCUUUUGGGAAGGUCACCAACCUCUUGAUGCUGAAAGGGAAAAACCAGGCCUUCAUUGAGAUGAACACAGAGGAGGCAGCCAACACUAUGGUGAACUACUACACCUCCGUGACACCUGUGCUUCGUGGCCAGCCCAUCUACAUCCAGUUCUCCAACCAUAAGGAACUUAAGACCGACAGCUCACCCAACCAGGCACGGGCCCAGGCGGCCUUGCAGGCAGUGAACUCAGUUCAGUCGGGGAACCUGUCACUGGCUGCCUCAGCUGCUGCCGUGGAUGCCGGGAUGGCGAUGGCUGGCCAGAGUCCAGUGCUCAGGAUCAUCGUGGAAAACCUCUUCUACCCAGUCACCUUGGAUGUGCUUCACCAGAUCUUCUCCAAGUUUGGCACAGUUCUGAAGAUUAUCACUUUCACCAAGAACAACCAGUUCCAGGCACUGCUGCAGUAUGCCGAACCCGUGAGCGCCCAGCAUGCUAAGCUGUCGCUGGAUGGACAGAACAUCUAUAACGCUUGCUGUACACUCCGCAUCGACUUUUCUAAGCUCACCAGCCUCAACGUCAAGUACAACAAUGACAAGAGCCGAGACUAUACCCGUCCUGACCUGCCCUCUGGUGACAGCCAACCCUCACUGGACCAGACCAUGGCUGCAGCCUUUGGUGCACCUGGUAUAAUGUCAGCCUCUCCAUAUGCAGGAGCUGGUUUCCCUCCCACCUUUGCCAUUCCUCAAGCUGCAGGCCUCUCAGUUCCCAAUGUGCACGGGGCCCUGGCCCCUCUGGCCAUCCCAUCAGCAGCGGCAGCGGCGGCGGCAGCUGGCCGGAUCGCCAUCCCAGGCCUAGGAGGGGCUGGAAAUUCUGUGCUGCUGGUCAGCAACCUCAACCCUGAGAGAGUCACACCCCAAAGCCUCUUUAUUCUUUUCGGCGUGUAUGGCGAUGUGCAACGGGUGAAGAUUUUGUUCAAUAAGAAGGAGAAUGCCUUGGUACAGAUGGCAGAUGGGAGCCAGGCCCAGCUGGCCAUGAGCCACCUUAACGGACAUAAGCUGCAUGGAAAGCCUGUGCGCAUCACCCUCUCCAAGCACCAAAAUGUACAGCUGCCCCGGGAGGGCCAGGAGGACCAGGGCCUCACCAAAGACUACGGGAACUCACCCCUGCACCGCUUCAAGAAGCCUGGCUCUAAGAACUUCCAGAACAUCUUCCCACCCUCGGCCACCCUGCACCUUUCCAACAUCCCGCCCUCCAUAUCUGAGGACGACCUCAAGAUACUCUUCUCCAGCAACGGCGGAAUUGUCAAAGGGUUCAAGUUCUUCCAGAAGGAUCGCAAGAUGGCGCUGAUUCAGAUGGGUUCCGUGGAGGAGGCCAUCCAGGCGCUCAUUGACCUGCACAACCACGACCUGGGAGAGAACCACCACCUGCGGGUGUCCUUCUCCAAGUCCACUAUCUAGACUCCCCACCAAGGACCAGCCUGCCGGGUAAUCCCGGCAACAACUUCCAUCAUUCCAGAAAAUAGCCACUUUAAAAAGCAGCUGAAGUGACCUUAAAAAGACCAGAGAUUUUAUUUUUUUAAAGAGAAAAUCAGUUUACCUGUUUUUAAAAAAAUUAAAUCUAAUUCACCUUGCUCACCUUUGGGAGAUAGGGUGCCAGCCUCAGGCUCUUGGUGACCCGUGGACGAUAUGCCUACCCCUUCUGCAGGGUGGGUGUUCCCAAGCCUCCACUCAGCUUUCUUGUGCCUUAAAACCCACUGCUCUGGCAGGGCCUUUUUUUGCAGUAGCAAAUGCAUAGGGGUUUGGGGACAGGGGACUGCUUCCCCACGGGGAUCAUGUGCCUGGCAUGGCAGGAGGCUGCCAGCUGCAGGCUCUGCGGACAUCCUAAUCCUCCAUUUAAUCAAGUGUCUUGAUUCUCCCCUCUCCCUGCCCCUGGCUUGAGGUGCCCCUCCUGGGCCAAGACCCUCUAGGGUGCAUCCCUGGCACUUCUUCAGCUUGGAGCUUUGUUUUAUCAUAAGUCUUUGUAUUGUGCUUUUAUGCAGUUGCAGACAUCUGUGCCUAGCAAUAUUUCCAGUUGACCAAAUAUUCUAAUCUUCAUUUAUAUGCAAAAGAAAUAGUUUUAAGUAACCUUUUAUAUAGCAAGAUGAUAAAAAUGGUAUGAGUGUAAUCUAAAUUUCUUCCUUAUAUGACCUUGUAUACUGUACUUUUUAUUUUAUUCCUUGUAAUUAAGUUGCAGGGCAGGAUCUAGUUUCCAGGGCAGACGCAGUGGUGGGGCCACUGCGGAGCCUGGGUUCUUCCUAGAAAGCCCCAGGCCUGAGACCUUCAGAUGCCUUACACAUAGCCUGUUCUCUGUCUGGGAGGACAAGGGCUCUCUUAAACUUUCAGGGUUUCUUUUUUCCUGCAAAUCAUGGACCAAAGUUUUUUGUUUUUUUUGUCUGCCUCUAACGCUGGGACCCAUUAAGGUGGGACAAUAGCCCUCGAGUCUUAACUGUCUCCUUUACCUUGUAUAGUCCUACACUCAUGGGUCCAAGGGGCUUCCCUGUGCACAGACCUUGUGCUGGCUGGCCCCUCUUCCUGGGGCCUGGACCCCAAGUGUUCAUGUUGGGGUGGGGACGAGGGAUUAAAUAUUUAUAAUUUUUUAUACCUGUUGUAAGACAUGAGGGGCAGCAAAUGCAGUUUUUUAUGGUGACACAGAUGUAUAUUUUGAUACCAGCAAUUACAGGCUCAGUAUUGUAACGUGGAGCGUGGCACAUUCCACUGCCUGCCUUACGGCUUGUAAUGUUGAGAAAACUGAAUUAAAGCAAUUUUAUAACAACUCUUGCCUUUUCCGCAGGCUUUCUGUUCACAUUGUAGAAGGCAGUUUGGCUAGUCUGUACUGGACUUUGAAUAAACUCUUCUGUAUCCUGCA